AUUCUAGAACCUCUAGUCUUCAGCCGUAUAAUUAUUAUCACGUUUUGGUUUCCUUCAGAGGUCUUCUUCGUCUUCUCCAUCUCUGCGAAUAAUCUUCACACCUGGUUUUUCUCAAUUUUCAUCGUCCUCUUCCUCUUAGAGCUUCGUCGGUGCAAUAAUGGCGUCAAAACGCAUCUUGAAGGAACUCAAGGACUUGCAGAAGGAUCCUCCUACCUCUUGCAGCGCAGGUCCUGUGGCUGAGGAUAUGUUCCACUGGCAAGCAACUAUUAUGGGGCCUUCUGAUAGCCCAUAUGCGGGAGGCGUAUUUCUUGUUUCAAUUCACUUUCCUCCGGAUUAUCCCUUUAAGCCCCCAAAGGUUGCGUUUAGGACGAAGGUGUUCCAUCCCAACAUUAAUAGCAAUGGAAGCAUAUGUUUAGAUAUUCUUAAAGAACAGUGGAGUCCUGCAUUAACCAUUUCUAAGGUGCUGCUAUCUAUAUGCUCUCUGUUGACAGACCCCAACCCCGACGAUCCACUUGUCCCUGAAAUUGCUCACAUGUACAAGACCGACAGAGGCAAGUACGAAGCCACUGCUCGCAGUUGGACACAGAAGUAUGCCAUGGGAUGAAAGCUGAAACUUGAAAGAGCUCUCUGCAUUUGUACAAGCCAACAAAUGCAUGGAUGCCAAAAGUUCUCAUGGAUGCCAAAAGAGCUCUCAUUGUUUUUUAGUUGAAAUCGGCCAAGGAACUUGGUUCUCAUUUUGUGAAUAUUCAUUUUAAGAUGUUGGAGACUGAAAAAGAAAAAAGAACUAUAAUGUAUGUUUGCUAAGUUCUUGUGAAGUGACUGGUCUGUGAUGUGCUGCUACUCUUAAAUGUUUUGAGAAAUAAUCCUUGGUGGGAACAAUUAGUUUCUAGUCCA